CCCCCCCCCCCCCCCCCCCCCCCCCCCCCCCCCCCCCCCCCCCCCCCCCCCCCCCCCCCCCCCCCCCCCCCCCCCCCCCCCCCCCCCCCCCCCCCCCCCCCCCCCCCCCCCCCCCCCCCCCCCCCCCCCCCCCCCCCCCCCCCCCCCCCCCCCCCCCCCCCCCCCCCCCCCCCCCCCCCCCCCCCCCCCCCCCCCCCCCCCCCCCCCCCCCCCCCCCCCCCCCCCCCCCCCCCCCCCCCCCCCCCCCCCCCCCCCCCCCCCCCCCCCCCCCCCCCCCCCCCCCCCCCCCCCCCCCCCCCCCCCCCCCCCCCCCCCCCCCCCCCCCCCCCCCCCCCCCCCCCCCCCCCCCCCCCCCCCCCCCCCCCCCCCCCCCCCCCCCCCCCCCCCCCCCCCCCCCCCCCCCCCCCCCCCCCCCCCCCCCCCCCCCCCCCCCCCCCCCCCCCCCCCCCCCCCCCCCCCCCCCCCCCCCCCCCCCCCCCCCCCCCCCCCCCCCCCCCCCCCCCCCCCCCCCCCCCCCCCCCCCCCCCCCCCCCCCCCCCCCCCCCCCCCCCCCCCCCCCCCCCCCCCCCCCCCCCCCCCCCCCCCCCCCCCCCCCCCCCCCCCCCCCCCCCCCCCCCCCCCCCCCCCCCCCCCCCCCCCCCCCCCCCCCCCCCCCCCCCCCCCCCCCCCCCCCCCCCCCCCCCCCCCCCCCCCCCCCCCCCCCCCCCCCCCCCCCCCCCCCCCCCCCCCCCCCCCCCCCCCCCCCCCCCCCCCCCCCCCCCCCCCCCCCCCCCCCCCCCCCCCCCCCCCCCCCCCCCCCCCCCCCCCCCCCCCCCCCCCCCCCCCCCCCCCCCCCCCCCCCCCCCCCCCCCCCCCCCCCCCCCCCCCCCCCCCCCCCCCCCCCCCCCCCCCCCCCCCCCCCCCCCCCCCCCCCCCCCCCCCCCCCCCCCCCCCCCCCCCCCCCCCCCCCCCCCCCCCCCCCCCCCCCCCCCCCCCCCCCCCCCCCCCCCCCCCCCCCCCCCCCCCCCCCCCCCCCCCCCCCCCCCCCCCCCCCCCCCCCCCCCCCCCCCCCCCCCCCCCCCCCCCCCCCCCCCCCCCCCCCCCCCACCACCCCCCCCCCGCUCCCCCCCGUCCCGGCACCCCUUCCCCUCAUCGGCCAUCCCUCCGCCGUUGGCUACUCGUGCCCGUCCCCCUACGUGCUCCGCCACCCCCCCCUCCGCACAUCACCUCUCGUCCCUAAACACCCCUGCCGCCCACCCCAACCCCGGGGUUCUCGCCACCUCUCUACCCCCCGACUACCCCCCCCCGCCUACCCCCUCUCCGCUCCCGUGCGCUUACCUCCACCCCCCCCCGGACAUAGACCCGCUCUUCCGCCCCCCGCCGUCACUUCGGGCCCGCCCCAGCCCAACGCAGCGCCUUUCCCCCCCCCCCCCCCCGCACUCCCCCCACGAGGCGCCAUCACCCCAUGCCCACCCCACCUCCCUAGCCCCCACACCCUACCCCCCCCCUCCUUGCUCACGCAAGCCGCCCACCCCACCUCCAGCCCCCUUCCCCUCAACAUUCUCACUCCCCACGCCCCGCACCCCCCCCCGCCCUCCAGACCCCGCGCGCGGGGACCACGCACCGCCCCCCACACCCCGACCCCGACCCCCCCGGCUGCCAGCAGCCCUCCCAAGUGUCCGACCCGCCCCUGGUGCGCCCGCCCGCCAUCACCAGGGCCACCCGUCCUCCCCCCCCCCCCCCCAAGCCCAGCCCCCCACCCCACCCGCCCGCAGCCCCCCACUCUUAUCCGCUCCCUCCUACCCCGGUCGCCCUCGCCCGUCCUACACCCCCUCCGGGCCCGCGAACCGCCCACCUAUCCACCUACCAUACGGCUCCUCCCACACAAACAACCCAUCCGCCUGCUGCCCCCGCGCCGCCCUAUGCCCCACCACAGUAGUGCCCAGGCUUACCAGCCCGCACCCCGCCAAUCCAACAAAAAGCACCCACUCACCCACCACAGUCCUACCCGCCAACUCCACCCUCACCCAAGUGCCAGGAACCCCCCCCCCUAGCGGGCCCCUGCCUUGCCAGCCGCCCACAUCGCCUGCCUCCCCGCGCGUUCUCCGGCGAGGCACUUGUAUCCACCCCCCCUCCCCCCUCCCAAACAACCCUUUCUGCCGACCCGGAGCGCCCCCCGCCCCCCCUCCCCCGCCCCCGGUCUGGACCCCGCUACCGCCACCCCCACCCCCCACCGUCCUCCCGGCCCGGAGCCCCACCCACCUGUAA